GUUCGGUAUUUGGGCCGCAAAGUCGAGACGCGUGCGCGCCGCUUGGUGGCCGGUUAUGUAUACGGCAUGUAGGCGGAGCGCGCGAGUCGGCGCCACGACCCGCGACUCAGCUCAGCCCGUUCUAUUUCUAUAUCGAGAGACAGUCGCUCACUGCCGCUUUCCGCGCAUCACCUCUUGCUAAUUAUACACAAAUAAAAUGUACUUUAAUACCCGUAAGAGUAACAAUUAAACCGCUAUCUCACAGUUAAAAUAUACCCGGACUUACUUCUUGUUGGAAUGGUGAAAUGUGACGGAUUUUUUAAUCUCGGUGAAUUAUCAGUUCGUGAAUAAAUGAGAUAAUAAUUUCAAGUAUCGAAAAUGUGGUAUCAAGGAGAAGAUGAUGAGGACGAGGACCUCAUGUGCUCGCCAGCGAUCCUGGCGCGGCGCGCUUCGGAGAGCUGGAUUAACGUGCCUCCCGUGGAGAUGUUAAGCACGCCUCAGGCGCUCCAACGCAAGAAGUCCCUCCCUGACGUGGCGGGCAUGCCGCAAGCAGCCAACAGCGGCAUGUCCCGCGAGGAGGUCUCCAUGCUCGGCUCCGCGCGGCGCGAGGAGGUGCGCCGCAUGUACGAGGAGUCGGAGAAGCUGAGAGCCAACCCUCUGCUGUACUUAGUCAGUCCACAAGUUAAGGACUGGUUCUCGCGGCAGCAGCUGGUGAUCCUGGUGUUGUUCAUCAACAUCUCGCUGGGCAUCAUGUUCUUCAAGCUGCUCACGUAGCGGCGGUGGCGGCGCCUCGCGCCCUCUCCUCAGCGCAUAUGCGACCAUUGUAUAAAUGUGUAACACAUUUUCAAAGUUACCGAAAAAUAGCCAAACAUUUAAUGUUCAAAAGUGUAUACAUUUUAUUACCUACCCGAGCCUUAAUUUGAUACGAGAUUUUGAAACAUCUGAAAUGAAUACGUAUUUACUUGUAGUCAAUAAGGACUUCGGUUUGCUAGUGUAUUUUCUUUGACGUUGUGUAAGUGUAGUACGCGAGCGGGCGGGCCGGCCGGGCCGGGGCCCCGCGGCGCCGUCCUCCGGCCCGCGGCGUGAGGUCCACAGUCGGGGAACUUGGACUUGGUAUACUAAGGAGCACGAGAUUAUAUACGUACGAGUACUUAAUCUUUUUCAGCCUGCAUAUUGUAGGUUUUAGUAAUCUUCUAUAGUGACUGUAUGCUUAAAACUAUUGUAAAGAGAACAAUUUUAAUUAUUAUUAUAUCUACAUUAAAGACAAGUGACAGUUAUAAAACAAAUAGACAUUCUCCACGCAUAUAUGCUUUACAAAUCUGAAUUUACUGAACUGGAUCGCUAAGUAAGAAUACGUUUUUUUAUAGAUCAACUCUUUACAUUUAUCCGACUAAUUGAUAAUGUAAUCCCAAAUUUUAAAAUCGACUAUACAAUUUAUGACUAGUGAAAUUAUAAACGUGGUGCUUUCAUAAAACUAUGUGCCCUAUAUUGAUAAUGAUGCUAAAUUCAAUUUUAUUAUACCUCGAAAGGUAAUCUGAAAAUAUCUCUUGGUAACCAGAAAGCAGUCCAAAGGGUUGUUAGUUCACGUACAAUUAAUGUAACCUGAGUGAUUGUUAAAGCACAAAUUAUACUAAGUACCUACUUACCAACUUGGAAAAUGUAAAUAAUAAAUUAUUAAACUUUUUAGAUUAAAAACAGAUUUAAAUAUAUUAUUUUGCUUGUUAUGAUAUUCUGGAAGUAAUGUUACCUUUAUGAGCUUUUUUGUUGUAAAACUAUCCUUUUAGAGAUUUUAACUUUUAUGUUAACUAGUUAAAUUAUAUAUAAAAAGUAAGCCUUUACUUUCUAUGUAUAUGACGUCAAUUCUCGAAAAUUUGUAUAGAUAGGUACGUAUAUUGUGUAAAAUGUUGUUCCCUCGUUUCUGUGAGAAGGGGCAAGUGUGCGCAUAUGAGCACGCAUGGGUGCGUGCGCGAGAGACUGUUGAGGGUUAUCGGCUACCGAACUAACUUUUAUCACGUACGCAAAACAUAUGCCCUUUUCACACAUAGUUGAUUAGAAAAGGGCACAUAGGUACUUUGCGGCCGUGGUAAACGCUAGCUUAAGGCGGUCUGGUUACGUUGCGUUUUUUUACAAUACAACGAAUAUGUAUGGAGAACAUUCGUUGUAAUUCGUUUCAAGAAUAAACAACUUCGUAAGACAAAUUUCACGUUUUCAUUAUUGUGUAAAAAUAUAAGUUAUAUCUCUAAGAAUUUAAAAUACUUGUAUCAAUUUUAUCUACGUUUCACAAAUAAAAUAUUUUAACAAAAA